AGUACUGGUUACAGAGAAACGAAACUGAAAAGCGAAACUAAAGGGGGAAAAAAAAAGGUAGGAAAAAAAUAGUGGAAGGCCUGCCCCUAAAAGAACUGCCAUAUCAUCAACACAAGCCUCUUUAUUUAUUUAAAAUGAGAAAAAAACAGAGUUAUGAGGGUGGGUAUGGGAAAACAAACCGAAGAGUGAAUUUUCUAUAGUUAGCACAUCUAAAUCCAAAAAUAUAGCCCUGGAACGACGUCUUCAUUCGCUGCAGUUUACAGAUUGAAAAGGGUUACGCAAGCACUUCAAGGCAACACUUGCCCAUCGCAACCCCUGCAGGUUUAGUGUACCUUAGCAACCAUGGAGGGCGAGCCUUCGCUGAUGGAAGAAAAAGGCAAGGAAGAACAAAAAAAACUCCUCUGCAACCGAGUGGAAGAACUAAAGUGUUCAAUUGCAGCACUCCUGGCAGAGAAUGACAUGUUUGAACGGUUCAUUAGCCGCCUGGAUCCACAGGACCUGUUGUACCAGGGUGGGGGAGAAGGUUCUGCGGUAGCAGGAGCCUUCCAGCUGGAGGGUGGGGGCCGUGGACGGAGGCAGAGGUUCCGUUCCCACAUAUCAGAUCGACUCCAGCAGCUGACCUUUGAACAGAAACUUUACGUGGCACAGAUUGAAGUAACAGAGACACAACAAGAUCUGGAGAAGCUCAAACAGAGAUAUAAGAGAAUCCAGGAUAACUACAAGGCCUCUCUGAAAGAGGCAGAAUUGCGUCUAGCAGAGAUCAGGAAGGCCAAGAAAGAGUUUGAAGGCAGACUGCUCAAACCUAUGAAGGACAGCAGAUUGGAAAUUAAGGGGCCAGAGAAGGUGCUCAAGUACAUUGAAGACAAGUUAAUGGUCACCCAGUUGGAGAAGUUAAAUCUGAAGAACCAUGAACUGAAGGUCCAGGGGAGAAAGCUCCAGCAGCAGCUUCAACAGAAAAAAGAGAUGAGAAAAGCCGAGGAAAUUUUCCAGGAGUACAAUGAGCCGAGAAUUUACAAAAAUCUGCAGGACCUUCAAGUCAACAGUUUGAAAGUACAACGUGUCCUCAGUUCACACAAGGAGAAGCUGCAGAAUAUGACUCAGGAGUCUACAGAGUUGAGCAAUGACAUCACAAACAGGAAGCAGAUGCUGGAAAAAAUUGAGGAGGAGAUACGUCAAGCUGAGGAGGAGCAUUUAAAGUCAGAGGCCGUCAACAAACACCUGCGCCGCCAGAUGACAGAUUAUCAGGCUCCUGAUAUCACUGAGUACAUGCAUGUCAAGGACAAACACAAGAAGCUGCAGCAGAGCAUUCGCACUUGGGAGAGGAAGGUUGGGAUUGCUGAGCAGAUGGGCUUGAAGACCCAAACCAAACAGAGAGCCACUCUUACCCCUGCUAGCACUGCUGCGGCUGGAGCGAGGUCUGGGGAACACCAAAUGUCAGUAAAGCUUCCAUACAUAGGAGAACAAAACAGGUAGAGAAGCAGAGGAUCAAAAGACCUACAGGAUUCAUUAAAGAAUGAAUUGAUGGAGGAUGGAAACUUUGAUAAUGUUGCUAAUGCCCUGUUUCACAAUAUUACAGUUAGUCAACAUUUGAUGAUUUGUCAUAACAAUUUGAUACUUUCUGUUGGGGAGCGUUGAAAGAAAACAAUGUACUGUUGGCUUUAAGGCUUCUUUUCAUAUCUUCUAGUUUUUUUCGAGUCAUUCUCAAUAUGUCCUUGAUAGAUUUUUACCAUGCACAAAGAAUAAAUAGAAUUAUUGGUACAGAUAUUCUGUAUACGUAAAAGCUCCUGCAAGCCAAAUUACACUAUAUAACAAAUAUAACCUCUUAUACUAUAAUGAUUAGUAUACCAUGAUUAGUGUACUCAGUCCAGUAUAUGCAAGUACCCACACUUAUGUUUCUUAUAUUCAUAUAUUUAGAAUGUAGAGUGUGCAGAGACUCCUAAUGUGAAGCUGAAGUUACUCAAUAUAUAAAAUGGGAAAAAAAACCCCACCUCAGACUCGACAAACUAUUUUCUUUAUUAGAAAGAUAUCCUUGGAGGUAUAAGCCCUCAAAGAAAUCUAAAUGUAAUGAUGUUACAUGCCAUAUAUACAGUUAUAUACAUAAA